AAGAAUGAAGUGAUAUAUGUUUGGCACCACUCGGAGGAUAAGGACCCCAAUCACUACCCCAACGAUUUUCUCGGAAACAACUCUAAUAAUCUAUCAGUGAAAGGGAGUUUCCUUAGAUUUGUGCAUUGUAACUAUCAGAUCAUAAUGGAGAAUGGAUCCGACUUACAGCACCUUCAUUACGUACACCAGGAACUCAUACCAUACAUGGCUAGUUUAAAAUGUUCAUUUGACAGCACGAAAGACACAGAGACGGAGAACACAAUCACCAGUAGAUUUACCAUCUAUUUACUCGGCAUUGAGUUGAUCACUUUCCCCGUUAAACUGUGUCACGUGUCACCAGUGACUGAAUUGGUAUACUUUGGCACAGAGGACUCAAUGUUGGGCACCGUAUUAUUGUUGGUUACUGCUGUUCCAUUGCAUCAUGGUGAAACGUUGAUUGAUUCGGAUGCUAUUAUUUGGUUGAAUCGUCGAAAACCUAAGCGCCCGAUAUUGACCCGCAAUGACGAGGCAAUUGUCAGUAUUAUAACGAUCACAAAUGGUCGAAACUUUCCAAUGCCCGCCAGCGAUAUACAGUGCGUGACGGACCCACACUUUGGUGUCCGGACUGGUCCAGUCGGCCUCCAUCAUUUCAGUAGCAAGCACCAUGCGCACGAACCGGCGCUUCUGGAUGUCAUCAUAAUUGGCGCAAAUGGUGUCAUACAAGGCAUACGCGGCCAACACAUAGGGUUUCCAGUGGUGUGCGGACACAUGCAGUCCGUCACCGGUACUAUCAAUAGCGGCCAACAACUUAUCGCACACGCCGUGCAUUUGACCGCAAAUGGUGUCCACUUCGGACACCCGGCGAUACAUAUCGCCGUACGGGGCCUCCAAAUGAUCGUC